AAGCGACCACGCUUGACCUCCUACUAGCGACAUCUCCGUAGCGUUGGCUUCUGAUACAUUCGUUCGUUGUUUCGGACGUCAUUAAAGAAUGCAGGAGCAAGUUGCUGAUGAAUUGGGCCAAGAGGACACAAGAGUCCGCGAUAUGGCGCGGGUUGGAAUGGCACUCGGCCGCGAACUACGUGGACAUUCCUUUGACUCAACAGAAGCUGUACAAGAAAGCACCGGACGGUCUGCUGGUGAUGUUCCUGAAACCCCGUUUUCUCAGUUUUUUGAAAAUUCACCCAGUACACGAAGCUUAAACAAGCAUUUUCGCGAUUUCAGCAUCAACAAUUCCCUCUCGAGUCUUCCCAGCGUGGAACAUGGUCUAGCCAUUGAUCCCCAUGACGAAAAACCGUUUCAUCGCGACCUCUCAUUCCAAUUGUCAAGUCCUUCCUUGUCAGAAACGAAUCUCUUUGCCAAAGACAAAUCAAGACGCCGAACGAAUCACUUUUUGGAGGCUCUUAACCGUUCCUCUAGCAACACAAUGAGCGAUUCUAGUCCUCGCGCUGGCUACGGUACUAAUAGUCCGCGUGCCGGGUUGGAACGCACCCCUAUACCAAAACGGUCGGCGUUUGCAUUUAGUGACGACUCCCCCGUAGAUGAUUUCCCUAAAAAGCCCGAGACACCUUGGGGAAAAAGUGCUUUCCGAACAAACAGUACCCCAAAAGUCAAUAAGGCAAAUGACACCCAUGAGCCUUCAGAUUUGCUCGACACACCUUCCUCUCUCAAAUCUGCUGUUCGAGCUGCUAACAGCUUUGAUCGCGAACAACCACUGGGCGGAUCCGCUGUUAAGGACAAGUUUACUUCUGCCAAACCUGUAAAACCAGUUACUUUGGAUGCUCCAUCCAUCCGCUUGCCCAACUUAACCAAUCUCUCGUCUCUCAUUUCAGAUUCUCGCGAUGCUGCUACCUUUCCCUCUCCUCUACGUCCUUCCCGCCGCUCGGCUUCACAGCUGCCCACACUCGAACCGAUCAACAUUGCGAACAGUGACAAGGAUCUUUUCAUUGCUUUACGAGAAACACAGCAAAAAGUUCGUUUUCUGGAACAGGAACGUGAUUCCAACCGCGCUACCAUUCAAAAGCUUGAGCUGGAUCUCAAGCAGACUCGUGAUGCCUACGUUCAAAUGAAAGAGUACGCGAAAGAGUUGAAGAAGCAAAUCAGUAUGCAGUCUCCCAGCAAGCGAACAGAAAAUGACGAGGAACACCAGAAACGUUCGAGUUUUGAUAAAAUGGCGUACGAAGUGAAGGUGCUUAAAUUGGAAAACGAAAACAAGAGCCUUCGAAGUAAAUUGCAAGCUGCCGAAUUGACCAACGAAGAUCUACGUAAAUCGCUCAACAAAAAAAUUGAUGAACACAAUCUGUCGUUACAGCGUUUAGGUUCAGCACUGCCAGAACUGAAUAGUCUGCACGCGGAGGUUGAGCGCUUGCGAAAAGAACUGCGGCACAAAGAAUUGGAACUCCAGCAGCAAAGAAGAAAAGAACAGGUGCCAGUGCGAUUGGAUGCCAAGGUGCCCGCAGACCUGCCGCCCAUUGUUGAACCUGUUGCAACCAGCAGCACAACUCAGCUUCAUUCUUCGGCAGCAGAUGAAAUGAGUAAAAAGAUUCAUUUGCUUGGAGUCCAACUGCAUCGUGAACGUAAAUGGCGAAAAGAAAUGGAACGUAAAUUGAAGAGCUCCCACCGAAAAACUCGAAGUGCGGCCACUACUAACAUACUUGAUGAUGGUUUACUCAGCGACGGUGACAUCUCUUCCGCUGGUGAGGUAUCUGAAGAUGCUUCCGACGAUGACCUAUCAAUUGAGAGCGAUAUGGAUGAGCUUCCUGCCACGAGAGGCAAAUCAAGUAUACCGAAAAGAGUGGAAGAGGAGCCCGAGGAAUUAGACAGUUACUUGGAUGAAGAUGGUUUCGACUGGGGCCAGUAUGCGUUUGCGCCUAGGACUCGAAUAAACAACGCUCGGUCUGCCUCUGUUCCAAUCCCAACCGCGCAAAAGGGCAAUCUCCCGCGAAUAUCGAACGAAGUUCAGCGUAUCAUCAAUCAAAUGGCCGCGCACGAGCCAUCGGCAUGCACGGUGUGCAACAGAAAAAAUACAGCCAAUGCAACAUUCAAUGCCCUUCACACCGCAGCUACUGAGGAUGACGACGACAAUGUAGCUCAGCGACGAGUCCAUAUGCACACCGAUGGCGCCAGCCAGGAAACCAUACGUCCAUCUCAAAAGCCGAAGGUCGCUCUCCAUUCUGUCGCGCAGCAAUUAAAAGACGAAAUGAUGCAUCUAAAACUGCGUUAUCAGAAACUCGUUGACGCGUACAAUGCACUACCUCUUGGCUUCCAAAAGCGUCGUCGGGUGGCCUUGAAGGGCAAGAUGUGUCGACUGCUAGAGGCUCUAGAAGCCAAAGCAGACCAAAUUUAUGCCCUUCACGAUGUUGAUGUCGCUCAACUUUAAAUCUCCUCCUCCCAUAGUCUCUGCAUGACUUUGUAUUCUUUUGAAACGGACAGGCCGUGCUCUAUACUACGAUUUCCCGUCGGCAAACGACGACUGGACCCCUCGCAACACAUAUAUUUUCCCUCUUCCCUGGGUGUCCAUCCUCCUUUGAAUACACAGACACACGCACGCUUCCCCCUCCUUACGACAACACCUCUAUAGGCGCAUACGUGGCCUGUAUAUCUCUCUCCCUACGACUUCGCAACCUACUUACCUGACGACUUUGCCAGUCCACAACAACCCACCUGCCGGCGGGUCCUUGGCCCAUACCCGGGCAUUCUUAUUUUGGACAGCAUGAUUUUUUUCUUCUAUGACUAUUGUUACUACUAUGUACUAUUGCAAUUGUGACGGCACUAGAGUGGAGAGAUAGAGUGUGAGGGUCCCAGCCAAGACUGGCCGAAGUAGGGAAGGGCGACUACGACUACCCCCAGUGUUUUCGUCGCCCGUAUAGGGGCUGCUGCUGUUGUUACUCCAGCGCUCUCGACGUCCUCGCAGAUCGCUUGUCUUUGUGUAAAUACUCCGUUUAAUACAUAUGUGUACGCGAAUCCCUUGCACGUGUUCGCACCGUGGAGCAGUUUUUGGUCGUUUUGUUCCGAUUUCAUUACGUAUUGGUCGUGCGGAGCGGCUCGGCAAUCGUAUGUCAACGUGUGAUUGGGUGAGCUAAGUGGGUGUGGGAAGCUCCGGCACUCUGCA